AUGUCUUCCGCAUCUACCUACAAGUAUCUCCAGGGCUUUGGAAACACUCAUGCAACAGAGGCACUCGAGGGGGCACUUCCGGAAGGACAAAACUCUCCUCAAAGGGUCCCCUACGGCCUAUACGCCGAACAGCUUUCUGGAACCGCAUUCACAGCACCAAGGUCGGAAAACCAGCGCAGCUGGCUCUAUCGUAUUCGCCCUUCCGUCUGUCACACCCCUUUCACACGCACUCCGUCACCCACUCUUGUCCGUUCGUUUGCCGUGGGGCAUCAAGAUUCUGAGUGUCAAUCUACCCCCAAUCAGCUAAGAUGGUCUCCCUUUGAGCUGCCGAAGCAUGGCGGUGUCGACUUUGUACACGGUCUUCACACUGUUUGUGGAUCUGGUGAUCCUUCGGUACGAAAUGGAAUUGCCAUCCACGUAUAUCUUGCAAAUGCAAGCAUGGAGAACUCUGCCUUUUAUAAUGCGGACGGUGACUUACUAAUUGUUCCUCAACAAGGGCGGUUGGAUAUUCAAACCGAACUUGGUUAUCUUUAUGUCGAGCCGAAUGAAAUAGUAGUUAUUCCUCGAGGAAUUCGCUAUGCUGUGAGAUUACCUGAUGGACCCAGCCGAGGAUAUGUUCUUGAAGUAUUUGACCGCCACUUUGAGCUACCGGAUCUAGGGCCAAUCGGUGCCAAUGGCCUUGCUAACCCACGCGAUUUCUUGUAUCCAACCGCGGCAUAUGAAGACAAGGAAAAUAUAUCCUUCACUAUAACAACAAAGUACCAGGGCCAACUGUACACCCUUCAGCAGACGCAUUCGGCAUUUGAUGUGGUUGCUUGGCAUGGCAACUAUGCCCCGUACAAGUAUGACUUGCGGAAAUUCUGCACCGUUAACACGGUAUCAUUCGAUCAUCCGGAUCCUUCGAUCUUCACGGUGCUCACAUCCAAAUCGAACACACCUGGUGUUGCUGCAGCUGACUUUGUCAUAUUCCCACCGCGGUGGAUGGUCGGAGAACAUACAUUCCGCCCGCCAUAUUACCACCGUAAUUGUAUGGCCGAGUUUAUGGGUUUGAUCAGCGGAGGUUACGAUGCCAAGGCCACAGGGUUUCUACCUGGUGGUGCAUCUCUUCACAGCACAAUGAGUGCACACGGACCCGAUCAAGUGACCUUCGAAAAGGCGUCAACCGAAGAAUUGCAACCCGUCAAGCUCCGCCCUGAUGGUCUAGCGUUCAUGUUUGAAACGUCCCAUAUGCUUUCCUUAACCAAAUGGGCCGUGGAGAAAGAAUAUGCAGGUGGCAAAGUUUUGCAGGAUGAUUACUAUGAAUGCUGGCAAGGUUUGAAGAAGUACUUUGACCCUAAGAAUAAGGAAGGCAAGUGGGGUCAGUGA